AUGGGCUGCUGCACGGGGCGCUGCACGCUGAUCUUCCUCUGCUCGCUGCAGCUGCUGGCAGCAUUAGAGAGACAAAUCUUUGACUUCCUGGGUUUCCAGUGGGCUCCUAUCCUUGGCAAUUUCCUACAAAUAAUAGUUGUCAUUUUGGGUUUGUUUGGAACCAUCCAGUUUAGGCCUCGAUAUAUAGUUGUGUACACGGUGUGGACUGCCCUGUGGGUCACCUGGAAUGUUUUCAUUAUCUGCUUCUAUUUGGAAGUAGGCGGGCUUUCUAAGGAAACAGAUCUCAUGACCUUUAACAUCUCAAUGCACCGCUCCUGGUGGCGGGAGCACGGGCCCGGCUGCAUACGAAGGGUGGUGCGUCCUUCUUCCCCCGGCGUCCUCGAGGAUUACUCCUACGUCUCCGUGACAGGCUGCAUCAUUGAUUUCCAGUACCUAGAGGUCAUUCACAGUGCUAUCCAAAUACUCCUCUCCCUGAUUGGAUUUGUGUAUGCCUGUUACGUGAUCAGUAUUUUCAUGGAGGAGGAGGACAGCUGUCGAAGUAAGUAAUGAACAUGGACUCAAGACUUCUGCUGCUGUAGCUGAAGAAAAAGAUUUAAAAAAAAAAAAAAAGACCAACCUUGCUAAUCAUCGAUCUGGAAGAAACCCACCACAUCUGUUCCUCACGGCAUGUGGAUUGUUCUUCCCACAGGCUCAGUGUCAUUAUCAACAUUGUUAUUUCGUAGAUCCUUGUAGAUGAUCUUGAAUUUUUAAAUAAUUUACUUAUAUGGACACUUGUAAAUUGUAAAUUUUUUUCUUUUUUAUUUUCAGUAUUUUUACAAUGUUUAGUGUUGAGGCAUGAAAAAAAACCAAUCUGUGAAAACUAGGAGGAGGGUGCAUCUUUCUCAAAAGUUCAGUAUUUUUUGACUGAGAGUAUCAUACUGUGCCUGGUCAAGAUUGUGUCAGUAAACAGUAAUUUUGACUCCAAAAUACACAGCAGGAGUCAAUCCCUAACAGUGAUCAAGAGAUCAUUUUGAUGCUGUCUUUAGAAUUCACAAUGUCCACUCCUUGCAUUGUUUGAAUUGCUGAAUGCAGUAGGGAUUGAUUUAUGACUCUUCUUACCCAGAUGUUCAAGCACUAAUGUACUCACCUGAUUAUUGCAGUUCAUAUAUGACUUCUCCUUUCCUAAUCUCUUUUGCUCCAAGUCCAUCUCGAGUAGCUGUCUCUGAUUUGAAGAGAAGUAGGAUGACUGCUGAAUGGAUGUCCGACUCUAGGAACCCUUACACCCAGGGCUGUUUAGAUGUCUGUGAUUUGCACAUUUUUAAACUCCUUUCCUCCCUUCUCCCAGGAACAAGCCAAGCAUGAAUGUACAGUACAAGGCACCAACCGAAGCCUUAGAAGCCUCCGGGGACUAAUUUUUCUCUUAAUUUAAAAGUAAACAAGCAAAACUGAAAAAUGUGUGUAAAAAUUUGUAAAGUUAUUUGUAAAUACUUCUAGACAAAGAACAUGUAUGUAACUGUGGUAUUUUGUUUUCUAUUCUGUCACCACUAGCAUAAAGUGAUACACAAAGC